CGCUCCAAACCCCCAAACUCGUGUCCGUGAGCCAAUUCCAGCAAGGUGAAGGCUGGGCGCGGUGGGGGCGACGCGGCCGGCGCCUGCCAGCCCUCCAGACCGGAGUUUGAUGGCCGGGUGGGGCUGGGGCGUAGGAACUUCAGGACGGAGGGCAGGGGCUCGGGAGAGCUGGCGGGGGCCAUCUUGGCCUUCUCCUACAGACUCGGUCCGGAGGGGAUGGGGCAGCUGAGACAUGUGCACCACCCUCUUCCUGCUCAGCACCUUGGCCAUGCUCUGGCGUCGCAGAUUCGCCAACCGGGUCCAACCAGAGCCCAGUGGAGUCGAUGGGGCAGUUACGGGCAGCAGCUUGGAAACAGACCUCCAGUCCUCAGGCAGGGAGAAAGAGCCUCUGAAGUAAGCCCUGGUCUCUUGAGGCGGAGCUCAGCCCCAGGGCCUGGGAUCAGCUGGCCACGGCAGCUCAAGUCCCGGUGUGCCCCCCACCCCGGAAGGACAAUGUGCUGGAAGCAGCAGCUGCAGGAGGGGGACCAGGGAAAGCAGUUGUCGAGAAGGUGUUGGGAGUGAGACAGCGAAGAAAGACAGUGCCUGCCCUGCCAAUUAGAACAACGCCAAGACCUCGGCCUGGGAGACCCAGUUCUGCCAGCCCAGACACUGCCUGGCCAUGUGACCGUCCCUUCUCUGGACCUCCAUCUCCCCAUUUAACAGGAAUGUGUUGAACUCAGGUGGGCUGGUGCUGGUGAUGUAAAGGACUAAUGACCGUCCUCAGGGAAAGAACUGUCUACUAAGAUGAAGGGGAUCAAUCAGAUGACCUCUGGGGGCCCCAGAACUUCUCCCAAUCAAAAGAGACUCUGAUGGACUGUCUCUGGAGGUGCUAACAAGGACUCGCUCUCUCAAUAGACAUUUAUGGAGUGUCUGUGCGCCAGGCACUGUGGAUGCCGAAAUGAAUUAGGACUUCCUGCCACAAACAACUAGAAAACUGAGCAAACUAUAAGAAACAGACACUUGACAAGAGGCAGCACACAGGAUGGUGACCUCAUGACUUCCUGGGCAUCU